GGUGAGGUCAGAGGGUAAAGGCCAUUCACCCAGCAUCCUCAGUUGUGGAAUACACACAGCCAUCUUGGAUCUACGAGAAGAAGAGAAAUUAAUGCGGUGACAAACAGCAUGUUUAGUGCUACAAGAAAGAAGUUUGUAGAGGGGGUCGAAAGUGACUACCCUGAUGAAAGCCUGUACUACCAGCCAUCGAUGUUCCCACAUCGAUCAGAAAAAGACAUGUUGGCGUCUCCAUCACCAUCGUCGUCAGGUCAACUGUCGCAGCUCGGCGCCAGUUUAUACGGGCAAAGUGCACUAGGUUUCCCAAUGAGGGGCAUGAGCAACAACAACCCUCAGCUGAGCCGGAGCUUGACGCAGGGCAGCCAACUCCCCACCCACGUCACGCCCACCACCGGCGUCCCCACGCUCUCCUUGCACACCCCGCCCUCGCCAAGCAGGGGGAUCCUACCCAUGAACACCAGGAACAUGAUGAACCAUGCGCAGGUGGGCCAGGGGAUGGGCGGCAUGACCGGGCGCAGCAACAGCAUGGGCAGCUCGGGCCUGGGCAGCCCCAACCGCAGCUCGCCCAGCAUCAUCUGCAUGCCCAAGCAGCAGCAGGCGCGCCAGCCCCUAACCAUCAACAGUAUGUCAGGGUUCGGGAUGAACAGGAAUCCAGCGUUCGGAAUGAACAGCUCGUUAUCGAGCAACAUCUUCAACGGAACUGACGGGAGUGAGAAUGUCACGGGGCUGGACCUUUCGGACUUCCCUGCACUAGCGGACCGGAGUCGGAGGGAAGGAAACGCCAAUCCAACUCCACUGCUUAACCCACUGGCUGGGAGAGCCCCUUACGUUGGAAUGGUCACAAAGCCAUCGAAUGAACAGUCCCAAGACUUCUCCAUCCACAACGAGGACUUUCCUGCACUGCCUGGGCCCAACUACAAGGACCCCACGUCGAGUAACGACGACAGCAAAUCAAACCUGAACUCGUCGGGCAAGAGCGUAUCCAGCACAGACGGCCCUAAGUUCCCCGGGGAUAAGAGCUCAACAGCACAGAACAACAACCAGCAGAAGAAAGGGAUCCAGGUGUUACCUGAUGGGCGGGUGACGAACAUUCCCCCAGGCAUGGUGACGGACCAGUUUGGCAUGAUUGGCCUGUUAACGUUCAUCCGGGCGGCCGAGACGGACCCGGGCAUGGUGCACUUGGCGCUGGGCAGCGACUUGACAACACUAGGCCUCAACCUGAACUCGCCGGAAAAUCUCUACCCCAAAUUUGCCUCGCCUUGGGCAUCUGCACCUUGUCGGCCUCAGGACAUCGACUUCCAUGUUCCGUCUGAAUACUUAACCAACAUUCACAUAAGGGACAAGCUGGCUGCAAUAAAGCUGUCGCGGUACGGAGAAGAUCUGCUGUUCUACCUGUACUACAUGAACGGAGGGGACCUACUCCAACUCCUCGCCGCAGUAGAGCUCUUUAACCGGGACUGGAGGUACCACAAGGAGGAGAGGGUCUGGAUCACACGGGCACCGGGGAUGGAGCCCACAUUAAAGACCAACACCUACGAGCGGGGGACGUACUACUUCUUUGACUGUCUUAACUGGAGGAAGGUAGCUAAGGUAAAGGAGUUUCACCUGGAAUACGACAAACUAGAAGAACGGCCUCAUGUUCCCUCCACCUUCAACUACAACCCCGCUCAGCAGGCCUUCUGAGCUGUCCACCGGUCCUGCUCGCGGUCGUCACGGCGGCAGGGUAUGGCUGUCCUGGCUUGUCACUCACUGAACUGGCAGAUAGAUGGCGGUGUGGCUCAGGCAUCCUGGUUUUUAAAAAACAGAUAUUCCUCAAUGGAUCGGCUAAAUUGACUCAGUUUGGAAGCCCCUCUGCCUCUUUUGGCUGCGGGUUCCUGCCUUCCAGAAUUAUGUGCUGCCCAAAAAAAAAAAAAAAAACCCCACCAUCACCACGACAACACACACACACACAGAUGCUUGUUUUCUUUUCCUAUUUUUCCUUCUUAUUUUUUAUUUUAUUUUAAAGCCAAGACAAAAAAGGUUCAUUUCAUCAUUUUCUUCUGUUAUUCUUUUCCUGUUUCUGACCGUCUGAGUUUCAGUUUCCUUUUUCCUUUUUUUUUUUUUUCCUUUUGGGUUUCCAUCUAUGCCUGUAAGGCAGGAAGUCAGACUGAGACCCUCACUCUGACCAUAACAGAACAAGGUUUAUACUUCAUUCUUUGAAGUGUUCAAGCGUUCAUAAGGAGCGAAUGGAGAUGAAGCACCUCCAUCAAGUACAGUAUGACCCUGGGACAAACAAAUGGAGGCCUGGAGCGAAUGCAAUGUUCAUUGUAGUACUAUUUGGUAAUAAAAGAACACAAAAAUA